GGAGGGGGGACCAUGGAUAAAUAGAGCGCACGCUCCUCUUCUAUGCGUAAUCGCGAAGAGUGCUUGACCUGACUGGGAUACAGAGCUCUCGGGUUGGCUGUGAGUUAAUGGAAAUGCUUAUAUGAAUUAAUGAUCAUAGAAAAGUUCUAGGUCUUUUCUUGCGCAUGAUGAACGAGGACAAACCAUCGAAUGGAAAUGAGCAACAUUUCGUUAUUAUGACAAACGUGGAGCAGUAAUUCUUGGACUAACCAGUGAUCUUUAUUUUUGCUGUACCUGGGGCGCAGAGUCUAUCUCUGUCAGGGAGAUGCCCUAGCUGUCCUUGAGAAUGCUUUGAACUUCUUCUUCUUCUUUUUUUUUUUUUUAAAUCCAACAUUAUUCCUGGGAGGACGUCGGAGGAAUCCUGAAUUCUUCCUGGACGCUUUGCGCAUUGCGUAAUUGGCAAAGAAAUGCGCGUGUUUUUUUAGAUAGGCCACACAUAAUGUUGGGACUCAUCUCUCCUGGAAGGCGUUCAUCGCACCGUGUAUGUCGCAAACACAAAAAGAAACAAGGAUGAGAGUGUCUAGUAUGCUUGGGAAAGGUCGACAUCAGAUGCUGGUGUCGCUGUGUUGGCUGAUUUUGGUUGUGACGCAGAGCGGAGCAGUUUCCAGAUGUGUGGACCAUGCCUGUAGUCCACCCAUAGGGAACCUGGCCAGCGGCAGGAUCCUCACCACCCUCUCAGGCUGCUGUGGAAACAGCUUCCUCCACCAUCAUCUUCCUGUGACCCCUCACCUCCACCUGGACAUUCACCCGCCUGCUCACAUGACUGACGACCCUUUCUUGAAUCCAGAGACCUGGUGGGCAUCGGGUGCCGGUGCCGCCACGCAGGACGAGAUCCGGUUGGAUCUGGAAACGCAGUUCUGUCUGUCCCAUGUGGUUCUGGUGUUCAGGUCGCCCCGGCCUGCUGCCAUGGCCAUUGAACGUUCAGCUGAUUUUGGGAAGACCUGGGAGGCUCUUAAGCUUUUUGCGAACAAUUGCAGCUCAGAGUUUGGUUUGUCUGACGAUUUUAGUCAACCAGGCUCUUUGUGUACAUCUCGUUACACCAGCGCUACACCCUGCACUGGUGGUGAGGUGAUAUUACGGACACUAGACCCCAACGGUGCUAAAACAUUAGACCCUUACAGUCCAGACGCCCUCGCCCACCUCACCCUCACUAACCUCCGCAUCAGGCUGCUAAAAGCUCAGACCUGUUCCACACCUCUGAACCCCCCAACAGGACAGACAAGCCCCACAGCAUCAGCUCUGACCUCCUCAUCCACUACAGAAAACACAGCCUCAGCACCUUAUGCUAUUUAUACUUUGCUGGCCAGGGGGACCUGCCUGUGCCACGGACAUGCUGAGUAUUGUAUACCACACAAUGGCAGCCAAGACACAAGACAGGACAGUAACAUGGUGUUUGGUAGGUGUCUAUGUACUCACCACACAGCAGGGGAUCACUGUGAGAAGUGUGCCCCGCUCUACAAUGAUCGCACCUGGAGGCCCGCCAACGGCAGCAGCGGGGAGCCGAAUCCGUGCCAGAAGUGCGAGUGCCACGGUCACGCAGACAGCUGUCACUUCUCCCAGCGGGCAUGGCUGUCAUCCGGUGGCACCAGUGGGGGGGUUUGCGACGACUGCCGACACAACACUGUCGGGCGUAGGUGUCAGCGCUGUCGCCACGGCUACUGCCGCCACCCGUCCCUGCCCCUAAACUCCCCCCACGCCUGCACACGCUGCUGGUGUGAUCCACGGGGCUCUUUGCCUCCCCGUCACGGAGAGGAAGGACCCUGGUGCCAUCCUCGGAGUGGGCAGUGCCACUGUAAAUCAGGUGUAGGGGGCACGAGCUGCAGCCAUUGCCUGCCUGGCUACUGGGGCUUUGGAGAGGAGGGCUGUAAACCCUGUGUCUGCCCUCACAGCUGUGAUCCAACCACUGGGCACUGUCUGCACAGCUAUACAAAUAAUCAGGUGUUCAAUGUGCCUAUCGGUGGGAAAAUCCCUGAUCUGGAUCACAUGUUUCCAAUUGAGGAAGAGGUACAGUGGUCAAAGGAGCUUGCAGUCUCUGCUCUGCAUUAUACAGGAAAGUGCAGCUGUAAGGAGAAGAAGCUGAGAAGUGCAUCUGACCUCUGUAAGACUAAACAUGACUAUGUGAUCAAGGCCAGUGUGCUCUCUGCUCAUGACAAAGGAAGCCAUGCAGAAGUUCAGGUUAAAGUUCGAAAGGUGCUUCGAUCAGGCCAGGUGGCACUAAACCUGGGGACAAUCAGCAUCUAUCCUCUGUCCUGGACCAGCCGGGGCUGUACCUGUCCCAUACUAAACCCAGGUAUGGAGUACCUGCUUGCAGGCCCAGAAGAGGCUGGAACAGGCCGUUUGCUGGUCACCAUGCAAAGUGUGGUAGUUCCCUGGACACCUCGGCUGGGUCUACUCAUAUCAGAGGGCCUGAGGAAUGGAUGUCCAUGAGCCAUGUGAUCCAAAAAGGCAGAAAUCAAAGCAUUUCACAAGAACACUCAUCAGUCAGUGGAAAAUUCAGAAAAGGGACUGAAAAUCGCUGGACAACAAGACUGAAAUGAAUUCUUGAGAGGUCAUACCUAAUACACUGUCUACAGCCGGAUUUGUCAAACUGACUCUUUAAUCUUUUUUGUUUUUUGUUUUUUUGUUUGUUUUUUAAACCAGUAAAGAGCAAUGUACAGAAGAUUAAUGUAAUCAUCUAACAGAAAAUAUGUAACAAGUUCAUUUGUUCAAUGAAUAUCAAACUGCUUUUCAAAAAUAUUAUUUCUAACUUUUGUUACGACUGGUAAAUACGUGUCAAACGCUAAACCUAUAGAGGGAAUCUGAUAAUAAAUACAUAAGCAAUAUAAUGCAAUAAGUGAAGGCUGUAAAAUAUGACAGAGUGGUUCUGUGUUAUUGUACACAAUCACUCAUCAUCACACACAAACAUUUGCAAAUCUUGUAAGCAAUUUUAGCUUAUCACAAAACUCAUCAGACUGAGUGUGUGUGAAAAGAAAAAUCACAGACAUAGGAAGAAGUUCUGCUUGGUGUUUAAACUGACAAAAGGAAGAUGGAAGUUGAAAUAGUUCAACGAUCAUUUUAAUCUGGACAUGUUUGAUAAAUACCAUCAAGUCCUUUAAGGCCUGAAUGACACUGAACGGUGACGGCAGCAUCCAAACUAGAGACUACACAGUUUUGAGACAACAGAAACAUUGAUGCAGUGACAGUUAAAUUCGACAAACCACUUUGGUUUAGGCCUGAUACAGUGUCAGUUAACAAAAAUGAUAACCAUUGUUCAUACGGCAACAUAUGCAGAUGGAGACCCUGAAGUUUCUACAAGAUCUCAACAAACACAAUUAAAAAGACUGGUGUUAAUGUCUAUGUAAUGUCCACUGCACUGAAGCUGUAACAGAUUACCUGUGUCUUGGUCUCAAGUGAUGAAAAGCAAAGAGAUUCAACUGUUAAACUGUGAAAACCAUCUUAAGUUGAGCUGAACAUUGCUCAAAUAAAAAAAAAUCUAAUGAUUACUGCUCAGA